AUGAUUGAUUUAUUUUGUUAAUCUUUCACUUUAAUGCUAAUUUUUCUACAUCGCUUUGUUUGCUUAAUUGCUUUAAUUAUGACAAGACGUUUACAGUUUAUUCGCCAAAAUAAUAAUUUCAUUCUGACUUCCCUUCAAAUGAUGAUAUAUCGAAUUUAUUUUAUUCAGAAUCUUUAUUAAGGUAUUCCUAUAGAUUCUAUGCUACUAAGUGGUAAGACUUUUGAUAUUUAACCGCGCAGUAAUGUAGACAUUCAUAAACAGUGUGAUUUAUAGUUUAAAAAGUCAAAGUUCUCUUUUAGAAAUGGCAUUAGUCGUAACAUGAUUUAUAUCCUUUAAAUCUCAUCUCAGUAGAACUUUUCAAUGUUGCUUAAUCAAUAGAUGAUAAAUCGCUCAUCAAUAUUUUAGUUUAUAAGCUUGUAGAUUUUCAGUAUUUGA